AUGUGCAUAUCGCAUCUGUGCUUCUCUAGCGUUUGCGACUUUAUCAAAUCAUAUAAAGAAUCUUCUCAAGAUUCGCCAGAGGUAUUUGAACUUCUAUCAAAAUUCCUCAAGGAUAACAAACCUUUACUGCUCGAGCCUGCUAAAUUUAAUGAGCUUGGGGCUGAGGUACCCAGCAAGACCACACCGUUGGUAAUAGGAAGUGCCAAAUACAACAUAUCAGUAGAGAAUUGGAAAGAUGCCUCACGCCUAUCAAGAGCCCUCAAUGUUAGCUACGAGCAAAGCCUUCGAAUUGUUGCGCAAUCAGAUGCACGGAGUUGCCUGGAAAAGGACCGCAUGUUUCUGUAUGCUCAAAGAAUUCUACAAGAGCGUAAUGCAAUUGUGGAUGCAGCGUUUCUGAUUCUAAACUGGGAUUGCAAAUAUGUUCCCGCCAAGGAAGAUCUCAUCAGCACCAUAUCAAUCGAAAAGACAACGCUAUGUUCGCACCUUAUCAGUCUUCUUUCUGACGUGGCUGCUAACUUUGGGUCUCUAGAUAAAAACAACAGUAUAUGGUCGCAGCCACUGCAAGAUCUCAAAGACUGCCAGGAUGUCUUUUAUGCUAUUCGCAUUAUGGAACUACUUACGUUGCUGAUUAUGAAUUCGGACACGCCUGUAGGAAUAGUUUCCUCGUGGUGUUCAGUUCUCAAGACAACUAAUUACUUUCAAUGUUUUUCAGAAGUUGCUACUAUGCCUAGAGAGGUCCCUGACAAGCUAGAGGCACUGGCUACCAUCAACACAGUAUUAAUGCUCGGGUUCGAUGUCUCAACCUUUACAAUUAAGGUUGAAUCGCCAUUUUUUAACGACCCAGAGUGCUUCAAAACUGUCAAUAAAACUCUACUAGAUCAGCCCAGCAGUGCCAUAAUACUGUAUUAUUGGUCUUUUGUCCUAUCACUGAAAUCAUAUCUAUUCGAAGAGUACCCUGAGAAGAAUGCGAAGUUCUUGGACAACGUUUUCGGAACCGUCCCAGUCUCUCACUUGAUUUCAUUGAUGGUAAAAAGAUCGGAAGAACUAGAUGUUCUAGCUUCCUUCACAAAGUUUUCAGGUUGCCUUGAACAAGAUAAACUUUGGUCAGUCACUUUGUCAUCGUUAAUGGCGUUGUCACUAAACUUCAUCAACAUUACACCACAGGCAGCAAAAACUGUCAAAGAGUUAUUGACAAAAAACCCACGUUCUUUCGUGGAGAAGUUUCUGACAAAUAAUGAAGUUGAGAAGAAAGUCGCUCUUUUGAGAGCCAAAGUUCCUUUACUUGAGGAGGGUCUUUUGCCACUUAUUCAUUUCUCAACUGUACAUCCAGAUUUCGCAAACUUCGAGUGGAAAGAACUUAAUACGUACACUGAGAAACUAAGGCUUUCUAGCCUGUCGUAUGAUCUAGCUGAUUUGCCCGGUCCAACUUCAGAGAGUUCCGAUAUCAUAGUUUUAAAACAAGAGCUGUUAGUAAAACCUCCACUUGAAUCUCAAAGCAAUGUUAUGAUGCCAAUCCCUAAAGAAACGAGGGGCAAAAUUAUUCCGAUCACCUCAACUGCCGAAGACGCAGUAGUGUUCAUGCACGACUAUAAUGGCUGGUCUCUUCUCGGCAGAAUCCUCCAAAAUAUCUGUGACACAUACACUCAGUCAGAGGAGGAUGAGGCCAAAAGGGAAAAAUCAGAGUUGGCGGUUGCUAUAAUUGACUUAGUUGCUAAUACAAUGGGUGCUGAAACACCAAUUGAAAGAUCCACAGAAAUUCUACAACACUUAUCCGGAUAUGUCGAAGACGACGAUAUCAUCUCCGUCCUAUUCAAACUAUUCGAAUUAGCGCUACACUCUCGAAACCUUCCAAUAAUAAACGCGGGUUUGAAUUUAAUGAUCGAACUUACGCCAAAUUUUUCUCAUUUUGUGUGGACUCACCUUGCAAGAUCUUAUCUGAUUGACCGUAAUGGUAAAGAGGGACUGGCGAUAUCUAUUUUGGGGAACAUAGAAAGAACGUCAGGGGUUUUUCAGUCUAGUAUUCUCUUGAUAAAGCUGGCUAGUUGCUUAGUAUCCGAGUCCCUUACAGCAACUGACAUUUUCCCGGAGCGCAUGAAAAAAGAGAUACUAGGGCACUUGAUGGCACACUUAAUCAACAUAUAUGAAGGGUUUCAAUUUCAAACUUACACAAUGCAAUGGCAGUAUUUGGAAAUUGGCUUACAGCUCACCUCAUUAAUCUCUAAAGUGUUGUUCGCAGUUUAUGGGGUUGAUUUUACUACGUCGCCUAGUAAAAAAGUUACUGGAGUUUUAGCGGACGCCGCCCAGAUCGCAGUUGGCGCCUUUUUGGGCGCAAGUACCUCAGAAAUGAGGGCGGCAAAUUCACUCAUAACAAUUGUUACUUUUGCGAAAAACACGAAUGUCCCCCUUCAUAGAGGUCUGCCAUUCGGUGAGAUGAGGCACUCUCUUAUUGAUCAGAGCUUCGAGCUUGCAAACCUUCUCAUUUCAGUCAGGUCCUUGCUCCAUCUUCCACCAUCUUCGUUGGAGAGAUCAUUUUUUAUUCAUUCCGCAACCUUAGUGGAUAUUUAUGCUUCACAUCUCGGACUGCGCGUUGAAGUGAUAAAACUUUUAACUCAUCUGGUGAGAGCGCCUUUUGAUACUGAUGCGCCAUCCUUGUUGGCAUAUCUCGGAGACGAUCACUCAAAGAUGUUACUCAACUGCAUCGCUUAUGAUUUGAAAGCACCGCUCUUAAAUCAAAAGCUGUCAAAAAGCCUUUACAGCUUUUUCUCUGCCAUCAUGGAAGGAAAGCAAGAUGGCUUGGCCAUUUUAUUUCUAACAGGGAAGCUGAUAACCCUCAAUAAAGGAGAAGAGUUAGAGGCUAAAAACAUGAAUGCCUCAAAUUCGAUUCUAACUAUUCUCAAAAAUAACGCAUUGAAGUUGGACGACCUUCCCGAGGCUGUUAACUCCCACUUGCUAGAUGCCAUCGCUUAUGCAUGUAAUUCGUGGACAGCCGCAAGAACUUCUGAGAACGACGAGGACUUUAUACGCAUACUUGUCAGGCGCCUUGAGUUGUUCCAACCUCAUCCAGUUGACAGUUCAGAUUCCAUUGAAAAAGUAAUAUCGCUAUCAAAUCAGUAUAAAGUCAUUUCAAGGAUUGCUGAGAUCCUCGCUCUCUCACUUUUCACGUCAACUGCCAACAAUGAGAUAAUUAUGAAAGCCCUUAAUAGGCCUGAAUUGGCCUCCACUGUGAAAUCCGUUUUCCAUAUCGAUGGCUACAACACCAAGCUGCAAUCUGGCUUGCAAGAAAAAUUUAGGGCCCGCUGGCCUCAGCUUGAACUUUACAUGUUCACUUCAUCGCCGCUUCUCAAAUCCAACAACUCCUUUCACACAAGUAUCUUUGAUAUUCCCUUGAUGGACCAAUAUUUUGAGCAGGAUGAAAAUUGGAGCGGUGGGGAAGGCUUAGUUGGGUUUCGGUCUGAAGUUAUAGCAGCUUCCGUUAAUCUUCAGUUUGUCACAUAUCAAAUUUCUGCCGCGAAAUCUUGGGGAGCCUUACUGACGUCCUUUAUCAAGAAAACACCCACUCCUCUAUCAGAGACAUAUGUUGAUAUCGCGGAAUACCUGCUUCAAGCUAAUCCUGUUAUUGGCGCCGACCCUUCUAUUUUCAAGGAAGUUUACCUGGCUCGCAUUGAAUUGGCCUUCUACAUUUUGUAUUCAUUUGCGAAAACAAAGAAAAGCGUACCUGAUAGCAAACUAACUAGCCUGCUGUUGGGUGCUACCGAUACGAUAAAGUCAAAAGAGGUGGCUUUCUUGCAAAGCGUGGUAAACCCAGUCAGGUGUUCAUACUAUAGGCCGCUUAUUCGGAGCAUCUUGAUUAUUUUUUCACUGGUCAAAAACAAAACAAUUUUUGUGGAAUCGCUAUCUGAUCACAUUCUAGAAUAUUUUGAAUUGACCUUUGGUAAAGGUGUUAACUUGGUGCUGUCCAGCCUUCUAUCAGAAAUCAACACGUUUGUGUCUCAUGGGAAGAAACCUGUUAUAGUCAAUCUUGCUGACAAGAUCCAAGAUUUAUUUCUGCUACUGUCAACCUUUACCAAAAUCAAAGACCUUCACCCGCCAAGUAGCUUCGAAAUGGUCAUGGCGUCCUCCCUGAACGAGGUAGGCACUAUAAAGACCAUUUUGAACCUAUAUUCGAGUUCGCAUCUGUUGGAUUUUGAAAAAGAGCCGGUUCUUUGUGAUCUUUCUUUAACUUUCAUUACAGAACUUUGUUCGGUUGAAAGUGUCGCAGAAAAGAUGAUCAACAACGGCCUCUUUUCUGUGUUACUGGAGAGUCCAAUUUCCGUUGCCAUUCAGCAAGGAAAAAUAACCCCUCAACACCAGCCACGUCUGCAUACAAUUUGGUCAGACGGCCUCUUAACAAUAGUGCUACAGCUAUUGAGCAAGUUCGGUAAAAGGGUCUUGCCUGAGUGCUGUCUUUUUGUGUCAUAUUUCUCACAACAAAUCAGCAGCGCAAUCGCUAGUUGGUCCGAUCAAUCGUUGGCGGUCUCUACUGCUGUUAUUAAAGAGACUUCUCAGCUGAUAAUGUUACAGCAGCUUUUCAAUGCUCUGGACUAUCAAGAGUAUUUGACCGAUUCGAAUAUGAGGACUAAGGUGGUGGAUAAUACUGAGAUCAUCGAACUAUUCUUUGGCUUAGACACGGAUGCAGAAAAGAGAGAAUUGAGCGCGUCUUUCAGACACUUGCUAACUCACCCAAAGUACUUGAAUUCAAGGAUUGUUCCUACCACAUUGGAGGAGCAUCGGCUGUUAGAGAGCGAGGACACAAGAUCACAAUUUGUGAAGCGUAUCGUGUUAGGCAUUAAAGAUCUUCAAGAAGGACUAUUUGCAGGGGACGCCUGCUGA